GCUUUCAGGUUCAGCUUCUGGUUUCACCUGUGACUGACUGACUGUGGCUUGGGCAACAUUUGAGUUUGACGCCUUUGAAUUGUGCCUUCCUAGACGCUGUUUUCACACUCACACCAGAUUUCCGAAAUUCAGGGAACACGAUGUCGAGUGAUGAAGAAGACUACAUGUCCGAUGCCUUUCUCAAAGCUUUAGAGAAAAAUGACACUAGGCCUGGUCUAGGUUCAAAGAAAACUCAGGAUAAGGCAUUGAGUAAACCCAACAAAGUGGCCAAUCCAAUCAUUGGCAAAAAGAAAUUGGAGAUGAUGCACCGUGAGAAAGGACUACAGACAAGCUUAUCAUCGGACAAUAAAGGCUUUGCUUUGUUACAGAAAAUGGGAUAUAAGCCCGGAAUGGGUAUUGGUAAACAAGAGAAAGGCCGAGUUGAUCCUGUAUCAAUAGAGGUAAAAGCAGACAGGGGUGGCCUUGGAAGAGAUACAGAAAGAAAGAGAAAAGUGGCUGAGAUGGACAGAUGGAGAGCGAAGCGACAGAAAACUGAAGAAACAAGAACCAGUUCGUUUUUGCACAGAAUGAGUGACAGAUAUUCUGAGAGGAAUGCGGAAAGGGACCUCAGAACUGCACAGAAAGCCUGUUUACAGCUUGAUCAGCAAGAGGGACUUGCUGAACCCAAUGAGGAUUUUUUUUGGCCCCAAUCUUGUUUGGCUACUCGUUCUGGGGACGAAGAUCAAGAAGAAGAGGAAACAAUGAAUGACCCAUGUUCAAGAGUCACAGCUAGUCAUGAUGACGAAGAAGAAGAUGAAGAAUUAGAAUCUGUUACAGAGUUUUCUGAUCCGGAGAAACUGGAAAUACUUACGAAAUACCUGAGAAAUACUUAUAAAUUCUGCAUCUGGUGCGGAACACGAUAUGAUAACGCUCAAGAUCUAGACGCCUCAUGCCCAGGGAAUUCUGCCAGUUCUCAUGAAUGACAUUGGAAAAUGAUUGGCACAAUUUGUAAAUCCCUGCUGACCUCCCCCCUUCAGCGGUCUCUUUUACUGAUGGAAGUGUGACAUUGGCAUCAUCUAUGAACUCUGAUAUGUUGCUUGCAUUAUAUAGUGCAUCCAUUCUGUGAAAAAUAGGAUCGAUGGGCUUGGCAAUAUAUUCUGACCUUUAACAGACCCUAUAACAUUCCAAAACAUUCUCAGCUUCCUAAGAGGUGUUCAUUGCGAGCUACCAUUUUGUGGGUGUUCCCCACUAAGAUACUUAAUAAGAUACUGACAAGAUUUAUCUUCGUUUACCAGAUACACAAUCUCAUACUAGUGAAAUGUAGAAGAUUUGUAAAAAAUGUCUCUUGCAAGGAUAUCAUGUUGGGCUUGGAUGGAUCAGAAUGAGAAUUAAUAAUUUUUUGGUUGCAAUUCUUGCCGCCAAACAACUAGAAUAUUCUGUAAAGUUGUUAAAAAGUAUGACUUAAUAGCACAUCUGGUUAUAAGAAUUUUGGGGGAUUGUUACAUUGUAAGAAUAAGACUAGGCAACCCCUAUGGUAGGGGUCUGACAUAAGUCCAGUAAAUUUUACUUUGAUGAAAUUUAAAAUCUCAACGAAUGCAAACUAGCCUGAGCUUGCAUGAACCUGUCUGGUUUCUGACCGGACACAUGCCUUAAUUUCAAUUUCGAGAAUGUUGAAUAUUUUACUCUCACACCGUAGCCCAGUUUCCUGUCCAAGGUGACAGGGUGAUGUGCCUUUCAAGUAGUCUUUGUUGUGUCAUGUAGGGCGUUAAAUUACAACGUGGCCACGUGCUUGCCAUCAGAAGAGAGAACCACUUCUAUUGAUUUGGUGAAGAACAGUGAAGUUUGACAAAAGAGGGAACAAGAGGUGGAAUAAUACCAGCUGUUCUCCAACCAUAGUGCAAUGUCAAGACUGUUCACAUACGUGGUAGACCCUAUGGCAACAACCAUGUCUGAUAAUUGUAAGACUAUAGGGCUUACCAUUUCUUGUUACUUUUUGUGAUGCCUUUUCAGCUGUUAAUCUAGUCUUGUGUUGGCCUGUAGAGAUGAAAGACAAUAGGGAUGGUCAGGGAAACAAAAUCACUGAUGAGUUCAGCGUUCAGUGUAAUCCGGUCUGAUGCAGCCUUGUAGGUCCUACCGACCCAGCGUAUGAUGUAAGUUUAAGUGGAAGACCCAGAUGUGAGUGCAAUGUUUUUUUGUUUUUUGUUGGGUUUUUUUUUUGGUGAGUGUUUUACGGCGCUCGUAACUGCAUGAGGU